AUGGCCUCUCCAUCACCAUCUUCCUCUCUAACGUUUACAGUACGCAGGUGCCAACCUCAGCUUGUGCCUCCUGCUCUCCCCACUCCUCGCGAAAUCAAGCUACUUUCCGACAUAGAUGAUCAACUUGGCCUGCGUUUCCAUGUUCCAGUCAUACAAAUCUAUAGAAAGCAAGCAUCAAUGGGAGAGAGAGACCCGGUUGAAGUGCUUCGGCAAGCACUGUCACAAACACUUGUCUUCUAUUACCCAUUUGCAGGGAGGCUGAGGGAGGGGCCUCACCGCAAGUUGAUGGUGGAUUGUACCGGAGAGGGUGUCAUGUUCAUCCAGGCUCAUGCUGACGUCACACUUGACCAAUUUGGUGAUUCCCUCCAACCUCCAUUCCCGUGCUUCCAUGAACUGCUUUAUGAUGUUCCUGGCUCACAAGAAAUUACCAACAAUCCCAUUCUGCUCAUACAGGUGACACGCCUUAGGUGCGGUGGUUUCAUCUUGGCCUUCAACUUUAACCACACCAUGUGUGAUGGCGGUGGUGUUUCAUCAUUCAUGAACGCGUGGGCUGAAAUGGCUCGCGGUGCAACCAAACCUUCCAUUGCACCUGUCUGGCGUAGGGAACUCUUAAUGGCAAGACAUCCACCUCGCAUUACAUGCCACCAUCGCGAAUACGAACAUGUCCCCGACACCAACAAAGGAACCAUCACAUCAAACAACGAUGAUCACAUGGUUCAUCGAUCGUUCUUCUUUGGACCUACCCAAGUAGCUGCUAUUCGUCGUUUGGUUCCACCACACCUUCACAAAUGCUCCACAUUUGAUCUCAUCACAGCAUGCUUGUGGCGUUGUCGUACAAAAGCAUUGCAGAUAGAGGCAGAUGAGGAUGUUCGCAUGAUGGUGAUAGUGAAUGCACGUGGAAGGUUCAAUCCUCCUUUACCCGUUGGUUACUACGGCAAUGCUUUGGCAUUCCCUGCAGCAGUUACCACUGCAGGGAAGCUUUGUGAAAAUCCUUUUGGGUAUGCAUUAGAGCUGAUAAACAAAGUGAAAGGUGAGGUGACAGAAGAGUAUAUGCAUUCUGUGGCAGAUUUGAUGGUGAUUAAGGAACGGUGCUCAUAUACAACCAUAAGGUCUUGUAUUACUUCGGAUUUGACACGUGCGAGGUUUAGAGAAGUGAACUUUGGGUGGGGUGAGGCUGUGUAUGGUGGAUUGGCCCGAGGAGGGGCUGGGAGGUUUCUUGGAGCAUCCUUUCAGAUGUCGCAUAAGAAUGCAAAAGGAGAAGAAGGAAUAGUCUUACCAAUUUGGUUGCCUGCUGAAGCUAUGAAUAGAUUUGCAAAAGAGUUGGAUGACAUGUUUGGGAACCAAAAUCAAACUACAAUAACGAUUGUAUUUAUAUACACACUGCUUGAGUAG